AUGAAAAAGAGUUUCGAAGAGCUCCCUGCUGGGAACAAUCGUGGGACACGACCCUUCAUCCUGAGGCGGGGGAAGAACGUGAUGAAGAAUCUCUUCAAGGAAGAGUCUCUGAGGACUGAGGUGCAGAGCGGGAUCGAGAAACUGAAGGAGAACCUGCAAGGUGAGAAUCAAACGAAAAUGCAGGUGUCGUUUCUGCAACCUUUGGCAAGCAAAGUUCGGCAAGAGAUCCUCAGUCUCAUCCCUGGGGAAACAGAUUGGCCGUUCUGGAACGAAAAGAUGUUGUCGGAGGAGAAUGGCCUGGACGCGUCCCAAUGUGAGGAUGCCCGGGUGUUCAUGGGCUCCUGUUUCGUAGCAGGGCAGAAGCUGGGCCACAUACACCGAGGCGUGGAACUGGGAUGUGUUAGUUCGAUGAGGGUCCAGGUCGAAGGCGUCCGUCUCCUCAUCGUGGCAAGGAUUACAGAGGUCGUUGAUGCGCUGCAAGCCGAAGUGGCUGACGGGACAUCGGUCACCAUCAGUGAUAUGGUGGACUGGUUGUUACGCUUGGACGAAUGCCCGCCUGCAACAAAGAUGCCUUCCCUAGUGGCCGGCGUCGUGAGGGUGGGCGACAUUAUCUAUCUCCCCGCGGGGUACAUAUUGGUCGACAAAGCCUGCGUCGAAGACAAUGUGUGUUUGAAACUAUUCUGUGUUAGAGUACUGCUAGUAUGUUGUUUUGAAUUCUGGUUGAUUUGGUUAGUUUGA